AUGUCAGUUUCAGUGCUUCUACAGCCUAGAGAGGCCCAUCUAGAUGAUCCCUGGAAGACUCUUCAUGGCAGCUCUGCGGAGCUGAUUACCAAGGCCCAUCUUCGAGAUCUAUGGGCAAAGAUUCUGCAGCAAGAUCCUUCCGACUUUUCAGAGCAAGAUGCAUUCUUCGAAGUCGGGGGCGACUCAAUUACCGCUUUGGACCUUGCAACCGCAGCUCAGGCUCAGGGUAUCAGUCUCACAGUUGAGCAAAUAUUCAUGCAUGUUACCCUGGAAGGGAUGGCAAAAGAAGCCCUUGCUACAAGAGCAAAAGCGGAAGAAUAUACAGGAGCAUGCAGACCACUCGAACCAUUUGGACUAUUGCACACAGGCAUUUCUCGCGCAGACAACAUCCAGGCAAUUGGCAAGGCGUGCGGUGUGGCUUCGGAACGUGUGGAAAAUGCAUAUCCAUGUACGCCGAUGCAGGAGUCUUUGGUGACGCUAUCUGAUGGGGAUGAAAACCUGUCUGUCAGACAGUUAGUGUACCGGCUGGCUAAUGAAGUUCCUUUGGGCCGGUUUCAACAAGCCUGGGUCACCACUGUCCAUGCACAUCCGGUCUUGCGCACCCGAAUCUGUCAGCCGGAUGGAGAAUUGAGGUUCAUCCAGGCAGUGUUAGACGAAGAGAUGAUAUGGAAUACCUCAGCCUCCAACUUAUGCCGCUUUCUGGAACAAGAUGCAGGCGAUCUUAUGAAGUUAGGAGACCGGUUUUUCCGGUAUACAAUUGUCCUCGAAAAUGAGAAUAGGGAAGACACCCGACGAUAUUUUGUUUGGACUGUACAUCAUGCUUUAUGUGAUGCGGCUUCAUUAUUAAAAAUUCUAGAUGACGUCGCGGCGCGAUUCCACGAUGAGCCAACCAUAGAGCGUCCGCCUUUUGAGCAGUUCAUCGAAUCCAUCAACAGAACUAAUUCCAGUGAAGAGCGGCACUUUUGGCAGCAGACCCUGUCCGGCGUUGAUGUGACUCCGUACCCUUCAGUACCGCAGGGCUCUGAUUUCCAUGUCAAUCCUUCUAGUACGCUCGAGCGACCAAUUACUCUCGUCGAUCGUCCGCCAAUUGGUCUAACCAGAGCCCUUUUACUGCGAGCUGCAUGGGGUAUCUUGCUAUCGCAUCAUACUGGAACCGAAAAUGUAGUGUUUGGAGUUAUUAACAUGUUUCCUCGCAGGCGCAAUUCAUCCACAGUCCCUGGAGCAUCCCAAAUGACAGGCCCAACUAUUAAUCUGCUUCCCAUUGUUAUGCAGAUCGACCCUAAACGAUCGGUCGCUUCAUUUCUUGACUCGGUUAGAGCACAGGCAGCCGAGCUGAUGCCGUUUGAGCAAACCGGCAUAUCAAAGAUCCGGAGCUACUUGGCUGGCAAAGAAUCCAAAGCGACCGACUUUCAGACUGUGUUCGUUGUCCAUCCCAGCGAGUUUGGGGAAGCUGCCGCGCCCGCGCUCCAAAAAUUGGGCCUUGAGUUCGAGGAUCACCUUGGGAAGAACGAGCAACACUCUUACCCGAUGGUCGUCUCUGCGACACUCUCCACCGAUACUGCAGCCAAGUUCAAGAUGCAAUAUGAUGAUCGCAUUGUUUCGACCCAGCAGGCUCACAAUCUCAUCAGCCAAUUCCAAGCUGUGCUUUCCUGCCUAAGCAACGCGAAAGAUGACACAUUGCUGGGAUCCAUCUCAUCGCUAAGUGACCACGACAUAGCUCAGAUCUACCAAUGGAAUAAAAUCACGCCUCCGGUGAAUGAAACAUGCAUCCACCACCUUUUUGAGCAGCAAGUAUCUAAGAAUCCUGAUGCCGAGGCAGUUUACUCCGUGGAGCAAUCUUUGACGUAUGCCCAAGUGGACAAUAUCUCAUCCGCGCUCGCAUUGCGUCUUGUAGAGCUCAGUGUGGACCUGGAAACAUAUGUGGCUGUAUGCUUUGGGAAGUCCAUUUGGACAGUGGUUGCCAUUCUCGCCGUUUUCAAGGCUGGCGGUGUCUACGUCCCCAUUGAUCCCGCCCACCCCCGGGGACGAAUCGUCGAAGUGGUGGAGAGGGUUCAAAUCAAGGUGGCCAUAACAUCGAAAGAUAGUUUCGGAGUGCUAAGUGAUCUCUGUGAUUUGAUCGUCGUGCUCGAUAACCCUCCGCCGUCCAAUACCAUAUCGUUGCCUCAGGAGAUACGCAAAAGGGCCCAGCCGUCCAAUACUGCAUAUCUGCUAUUUACAUCUGGCAGUACCGGAAAACCUAAAGGAGUCCUUAUGUCUCACUCUGCGAUGUCCACUUCGAUUGUACAUCAUGGGCCAGCAUUUGGUGCCAGUCCUGAUUGGAGGACGCUUCAGUUUGCCGCUCAUACGUUUGAUAUCUCGAUGACUGAGUUCUUCACGACUCUUGCCUUUGGGGGAUGCAUCUGCGUUCCAUCCGAGCACGACAGAUUGAAUAACCUCGCAGGCGUAAUCGCAGCCCUACGAGUGAAUACCGCGCUUGUUGUUCCCACCGUUGCCAAUUUGAUUACACCCCAGCAAGUACCGACACUGAAGACACUCGUCCUCGGUGGAGAGCCUGUCACGAAGGAAACUAUCUCCAGAUGGGCCCCCCAUGUUAACUUGACCGCUGGCUAUGGGCCUUCAGAGACUGCUGUGUACUGUUCGGGACAUUUAAAUGUCGCGGCAGAUGCUCAUCCAGCGGACAUCGGGCGAUGCAUAGGAGGUACGAUGUGGAUCGUCAAUGCCGAUAACUACCACCAACUCAGCGCUAUAGGUUGUGUUGGAGAAAUUGUCAUCUCCGGUCCUCUUCUCGGAAAAGGAUAUCUCGGUGACCAGGCCACCACCGAUGUUGCCUUCGUACCGGCACCUGAAUGGUUUCAGAAGCUCAGUCCUGCAAGUCCCUACAAGACACUAUACAGGACAGGCGACCUUGCCCGGUAUAAUCCGGACGGCACAUUUUGCAUUGUAGGCCGGCGCGACACGCAAGUCAAGUUGCGAGGAUUUAGAAUCGAGUUGAGCGAGAUUGAGAAUCGCAUCAUGGAUGAAGACACGAUAACGGCAUCACUCGCUACUCUUCCCACAAGGGGUCCCUGUGUGCGUCAAAUUGUGGCCGUAGUAAGCCAGCACCGUUCAGAUCUGGGGAACCAAGGGCCAGAUACAAUUCGUUUGGUGAAGACAUCACCUGAGGGUAUUCUUGAUAAAGUUAAGUCCCGCGUUUCGCUUACUCUGCCGGAUUAUAUGGUCCCUUCAGUCUGGGUUGUUUUGGACAGAAUGCCAAUCUUGCUUUCUGGAAAAAUUGAUCGAAGGUCGAUUAAAUCGUGGAUCGAGGGGAUGAACCCAAAAGUAUAUGAUGAGCUGGUAGGAGUUGCAGACGCUGCAGCACCCACUCAGAUUACUCCUGGGACUACAUCUGCUACCAUACAGAAAAUCUGGAGUGAAGUGUUGAAAGUACCCACUGAGCAAAUAGGGUUGAAGACAUCUUUCUUUUCUCUUGGGGGAGAUUCCAUCGCAGCGAUUCAAGUGGUGUCCAAGGCCAAGGGAAUAGGCCUACCUAUCACAGUCCGCAGUAUUUUAACUCAGAAGACGUUGGGGAACCUGGCAAAUCUAGUUGACCAAAAUCAACAAGAUGCACCACAGUCUCUAGAGCACGGUAUAAGCCCUCGAGGCACGGAUAGCACCCUGUCCUACGCGCAUGUCCUCCAGUCACACCUUCGAGGGCAUCCGGAAGUCAAGAUCGAAGACUCUUACCCUUACACUCCCAUACAGCGUGAGAUUCAAAAGCAGUGGGAGAUCAACCCAGCCAUCUUUCUACUCUCGUGGAAGAUGGAUAUCAUCUCGCUGGGCUCCCUGCCAGUUUCUCUGGAUCGUCUCGCGCGAGCAUGGAAACCUGUCGUUCAGAAGCACCAUAUCUUGCGAAGCAUAUUUGUGAAGGAUCCAGAGGGAAAGUUGCCUCCAUUACAGGUGGUUCUACAAAAUGCAGAACCGUCUAUCGUAACAUCAUCGACAGCGAUGGCGGAGCAUAAGCCAACUAUGGACGAACUAUUGCCCGCCCUUGACGACUGCUUCUUGCCUCACAGGGCCCAUUUCUCUCAACAUGGAGAUAGAGUCUUUGGCCAUAUCGAACUGGACCAUCUAGUGAUUGAUGGAUGGUCAUUUAAGCUCAUCAAAGAAGACUUGCUGGCAGCAUAUGAUGCAGCUGACGCAACAAUUCCUGUUGCAUCUUCACAAUUCAAGUCAGUCGUCAAUGCUCAUCAACCAGCCCGUGUCGAUAGAGACAAAAGCUAUUGGGUCUCUAUUCUCCGUGACAUAAAGCCAUCUUUGCUCUCUUUACCUCCAGUUAUAAAGGGCUCUGCGCACCCACCAAGCCCGACUAAGACAAUCAUAGACCUCCCGCUCCUGGAUAUAGCAGCUCUGUCAGCAUUCAGUGCCAAACACAGCAUCACGCCCGCCAGUAUCUUCGAUGCCGCAUGGGCGCAGACCCUCAGCAUCUACACCGGCUCAACCGACGCAGCGUUCGAGUACGUUGUUUCAGGCCGUGACCAGGAAGUUUCCAAUAUCUUCGAAAUUGUCGGCCCAGUCAUGAACCUCCUAACUUACCAUUUACAUGACAUUUCUACCGAGGACAGCGCGCAAGCGCUUGCGACCCUAGCCCACCAAAUGCAAGAGCAGAGAUUGCAAGAUGGGCUGCAUAAUGCGUGCAAUCUUCGAGAGGUGCUCGAGGGUGAUCUGAACGUCACGUUGCCGUUCAACACUGCAUUGAAUUUUCAACGUCGGCCAUUAGGCGUGCAGACGGAUACCCUGCGGGUCUAUGACCGUUUAGAGCUCUCGAAGGACCCUUGGCAUUUCGACGUCUUGGUACGGGUCAUACAUAUCAUGGACGAUGAUAUGGUUAGGCCUUCCGUCGAGUUUGAUGCGCGACUUUUGGAUGAGGACCGGAUGAGAGAGGUGGCAGACGUCUUCUGGAGAAAGGUCCAGAUUGCUGUUUCAUAG